AUGGCGUGGAACUCACCCAAAGUCGGCAUCCUCGGUGGUGGACAAUUAGGACGCAUGCUCACAGAGUCAGCCAACAGACUCAAUAUCGAAGUGCAUGUAUUAGACGCUGCCAGUGCCCCAGCAAAACAGAUUAGCGCUCAUGACAACCACACAAUCGGCCAUUUCAACGAUCAGGAAUCAGUGCAAGAACUGGCCAAAACUUGUGAUGUUGUAACGGCUGAGAUUGAACAUGUCAACACUUAUGCGCUUGAGGCGGUCGCCUCGCAAGUCAAGGUCGAGCCGUCAUGGCAGUCGAUUCGCAUCAUUCAGAAUAAAUAUGAUCAGAAAAAGCACUUGUCGAAAUAUGAUAUCCCAAUGGCAGAUUACCGAGAGCUUGUUGAGAAUACGCCAGAGGAACUCGCCAAGAUUGGUGAAUAUUUGGGUUAUCCAAUGAUGCUUAAAUCAAAGACACUUGCAUAUGAUGGCCGGGGCAAUUACCCUGUCAAGUCAAAGGAGGAUAUUCCAGAGGCCCUCGAGGCACUCAAGGAUCGGCCGUUGUACGCGGAGAAAUGGGCUCAUUUUAAAAUGGAACUGGCUGUGAUUGUCGUCAAAACCAAGGACAGUGUACUAUCCUACCCCACAGUCGAGACUGUUCAAGAAGACUCCAUCUGUAAACUUGUCUACGCCCCGGCUCGCAAUGUGUCUGAUGCCAUCAACAAAAAGGCUCAAGAACUUGCUCGCAACGCCGUGGCCGCUUUCGAGGGUAAGGGUAUUUUCGGCGUCGAAAUGUUCUUGUUAGAAGAUGAUUCCAUCUUGCUAUGUGAAAUCGCCAGCCGAGUGCACAAUUCCGGCCACUACACGAUCGAAGGCUGCGGUCUUUCACAGUUCGACGCCCACUUGCGCGCUAUUCUAGAUCUGCCCAUACCACCCAAGAGCUUGGAGCUUCGACAACCAUCUAUCAUGCUUAACAUUAUCGGUGGCGCUACUAGUGAUUCUCAUUUGCGUGUUGCAGAGCACGCUCUCUCGAUACCGAAUGCCAGCAUUCACCUAUACAGCAAAGGCGCAGCACGACCGGGUCGCAAAAUGGGACACGUCACCGUCACCGGUGCGACCAUGUACGAGGCGGAGACGGAUAUUCAGCCAUUGAUCGAUAUUGUCGACAAAAUCCGUGCUGAGCGCAGCGACAUCAAGACCUCCGCUGUCAAACCAAGUGUCGCCAAACCCACGCCUACUAUUGGCGUUAUCAUGGGUUCCGACAGUGAUCUGAAGACUCUGGUUCCCGGUUUGAAGCUUUUGAGAGAUUACUUUGGUAUCGAUCCUGAAGUGGAUAUUACCUCCGCUCACCGAACGCCAGAGUACAUGGCCGAAUAUGCCUCCAAGGCUGCAUCGCGGGGCAUCAAGGUGAUCAUUGCGGCUGCUGGUGGAGCUGCUCAUUUGCCUGGUAUGGCGGCUGCGCACACUGCUCUUCCAGUUAUCGGUGUUCCAGUGAAGGGCAGUGCGUUGGAUGGUGUUGACAGUUUGUACAGCAUCGUGCAAAUGCCACGAGGUGUCCCUGUCGCCACAGUCGGUAUCAACAAUAGCAUCAACGCCGCAUUAUUAGCAGUGCGUAUUCUGGGCUCAUAUGAACCCGCCCUCCAGCGCAAAGUCGAAGAGUAUGCGACCAAUGCCAAGCUCGAGAAUCUGGAUAUCAAGGGUACCAAGAUGAAGGAGAUUGGAUGGGAAAAGUACUUUGAGCAGAUGUAA